GUGUUCGCCCUCUACCUGUCCACCUACAUCACUGUGGCCAUCUCACUGGACCGUUGUGUGGCCAUCCUUGACCCCAUGCGGCGUAACGGUGCCGCCCAGAGAGUGAGGAUCAUGAUCCUGUUUGCCUGGAUACUUAGUGCCUUGUUUAGUAUUCCCCAGCUGAUAGUGUUCAGUGCACUCCAGGGCCCCUUCAAGGAGGAGUUCUACCAGUGCGUGACGUUUGGCUCCUACGACAGCGCCUGGCAGCCCCAGAUGUACGCCAUUGUCUCCCUAAUGCUCAUGUUUGUACUGCCCCUGGCCGUCAUAGGCACGGCUUACGGCCUUAUCUUCACAACCAUCUCACAGAAGUCAAAGGAACAUUCUGUGCUGGACGGUAUCCAGAUGCCGGCCACCAAGUCCUGGGUCACACGUUGGGUCAACUAUAAGCUCUACUUCUGCACGUCGUUGUGUAAGAAACCGAUCUCUAAACGAGCAUCCAUUAUGACGUCAUGCUCCUCGGACCCAUCACGCGGGCCCGUGCGCAGUCACCUGCUGCGCAAGGCCAAACGGAAGUCACUGCGCAUGUCCGUGGUGAUCGUCCUGGCCUCCAUCGUCUGCUGGACGCCCUACUACAUCCUCUUCAUCUUCACGUCCUUCUUCUCCAAGGAGCGGGUCAUCGACCCGGAUGUCUUCAACUACUUCGCCAUCUUCGGGCUCUCCAACUCGCUGCUGAAUCCCAUCAUCUACGGAGCCUUCCAGCUUUGCAAGGUGCAAUACUGUAGCCCCAGUUCCUGGAGAAGAAACGCAUGGCGCGGCACGUGGCCAAAGCUGCAGAGCUCCAACCCAAGUCCCAAUCGCCGUUCCGAUUUUCCGCCCGGCACACCUGCUAGCAGCUCCAUGUCACGUGACUCCCGGAACCGGCUGCUGACCAACGACUGCCACUGUGAGAUGUGCCACUACGACUCAAAGGACCAGAAAGUCUACUUCCCUUUGCUGGACCGGAAGCACGCAGACCGGAAGCACUCGCAGCCCGGCUCCGGCAAGUGCUGGAACUUUACCCAGAAGCACUUCACGAACGGGGAAGUGAAAGACUGCCUUUGUUUCCAUUCCUACUAGGACUCUAGCGCUGAUCAAGGUUGUUAUUGAGGGGAUCGUGGUUGUAUAUAGUUUGCUGGCCUUCAAGACGAUUGGAGUAUACUCAAAAACGUAUUUUAAAUAGAAAUUCUUCAUCCAGUUUUAAUUUUUUUUUUAACAUUAAAGAGGGUAUCCAUUUGUGACGUUACACUUAUUAA